AUCAUUCUUCAUAAAUAUUCUGUUGUACCAUUCGUACAUUACGUUGCCAGGCCAUUUGGAUUAUAUGUAGUUAUUUAUCUUUAUUAUGGUGAUACCGAGCAAAGGUAUAUUCAUAGUGGGCGCGAAACGGACGCCAUUUUGCAAAUAUGGCGGUUCCCUGCGAGAAACUCCCGCGUGUCACGUGUUCGCUGCUGCCGCCAAAGACGCCAUACAAUCCUCCAAUAUAGAUCCAAAGGCCAUCGACCACACAUUUGUGGGAAAUGUUCACUUUCUCAGUCAAUGUGACGGUGGCAAGACUCCAAGGUACUGCGGCAUCUACUCAGGGGUGCCGAUCGAGAAGCCAGCGUUGGGCAUCAACAAGGCUUGCGGGAGUGGACUGCAAGCUGUCAUCAACGGCGCUUUGGAGAUCCUAACAGGGCUGGCGAAGGUUACCCUCACUGGUGGAACAGAGCAGAUGUCAACCCAGCCACAUCUAGUCAGAAAUGUACGAUUCGGAGCCGGCCUCGGCGGCUCCUACCAAUUCGAAGACCACGUCACCACUCAAUUUGUAGACAGCCGGUCGGGCAUGACGUUGGCAAAAGCAGCUGAGGAGUUGGCAAUGAAGAACCUGGUGACGAGAGAAGAGGCUGAUGAAUACGCGAUGAAGAGCUACUUGAAAUGGAAGGCAGCGCAAGCAUCAAACAUUUUCGCCAAUGAACUCACAAGUGUAACAACGAGGAUAAAGAAUAAAGAGAUCACGGUGACUCAGGACGAGCUGCCAGAACCAGACCUCAGCUUUGAAAGGCUGGCCGCUGUGUCAGGAUCGAUCAUCACUAAUAGAAACUCUGCUAGCCCAGCCGACGGCGCGGCCGCCGUGCUGCUAGCAGACGAGCAGACAGUCACCUCGCAGCAGCUGUCUCCGCUGGCCAGGGUGACGGGCUGGGGGCCGGCCGCGGCAGUUGGUGUGCAGCAAGUGGAUUUGUUUGAGAUAAACGACAUUUUCGCAACGCAAGCCAUAAUAACAAGCAGAGAACUUGACAUAGACCCGUGCAGAGUGAACGUGGAUGGAGGAGCGGUGACCCUGGGCCACCCUGUGGCCGCGACAGGCGCCAGGAUGACAGUCCACUUGGUUCACGAGAUGAGGCGGCGCAAUUUGAAAAAAGGAGUUGUCGCUUCAAGCUGCGGUGGUGGACAAGGUAUAGCGCUGUUGUUAGAAUCUAUGUAAGAGAGAGAUAGCGCUAUCUACAGCCACGAGUAGGCCUUGGUCUAAUCCUGACUUUACAAUAGUAGAUCUUAAGGACACGAAAUAAGUACUACUAUUUAAAAAGCACAGGAUACAGACAUGAGAAUCGACACCCAAUCUGUUCUACGAGAUAUCCUAUUCUGCGGAUAGUUCGCCCCAAACUGACGAAUUCGAAAUAUUUCUGAAUGGACGGACAUGUCAUGAAAUGCCUCUUUCUUGUAUCUGUACACACCAUAAAUGUUUAAUUAUGCCAAAAAAAUUAAAGGCUUAAUAUUAAAGACCCUAUUAAUACAUGUGAGUAAUCAAAAUUUUGAAAUUAUCGUUUAUCAUAAAAUGUUAUUGACGUUUGCGUUUAUCCCAAAAUGUCAAUGAAUUUAUGGACGUAGUUUGAAACUCCAAUUAUUCCAAUUCAUAGAUUAUCGUGUUCUCUCGCUCUCGCGUGCAAUGACCCUGGCAUAGACAAAAAAUAAAUAAAUAAAAAAAAAUUGCCAGAAUUUAUCAAAGAAAAUCCAACUUUGUGUGAACUGCUGCACUGGACCUACCUUUACUAUGAAGCGUAGUAGUCAGGUGGCACGCUCUAAGUAUUAUAACCAAUUAUUUAAAUUAUUAAAAUCAAAAUAUUUUUUUGGAUAAAUUUUGGAUUUCGGUUUUUUAUGUUUUGACUAUGCACAUAUUAUCAGUAAUAUGUACUGAAAGCCCCAUUUUAUUUUUUGGCAUAAUUAAAAAUUUAUGGUGUAUAAACUGCAAAAUAAACAAAUGACAAGUAUAAUAGAAUUGUAUA